CUUUGAAUUAAUUGUUCAAGUCUUUCUCCAUUCUCAUAACCAACUCAUUUCCUUGUUUAUUGGACUUCCCUUUUCAUCCAAGAUUCGAAAUGAAGCGGAGCGAGACGAGUUCUAAGAGCAAACUUGAGAGAAAAACCAUUGAAAAGAAUCGAAGGAUUCGAAUGAAAGCCCUCGGUCUCAAGCUUGCUUCCACCAUUCCAGAUUGCCAUCUCACCCAACCAAAGGAAUUCUUGUCACAACUAGAUCAGAUAGAUGAAGCAGCUGCUUACAUCAAGAUUUUGAGAGAGAGAAUUGAAGCACUAAAUGGAAGAAAGGCACAGCUCAUGAAUUCCGGCAACAUUGCCAAAGCUGCUGGCAAAUCGGAGACGUUGCCAAUUCUGACUGUGAAAGAGUUAGGGUUUGGUGUGGAGGUGAUGCUGAUUAGUGGACUAAACAAAAAUUUCUUGCUAGGUCAAUUGAUUAGCAUCAUUGAACAAGAAGCUGCAGAAGUUGUCACUGUUAACAUCUCUCGUGUCGGCGACAACAUUGUCCACACUCUACAUGCUCAGGUUAAGAUUUCUAGGGUUGGCGUGGACACUUUAAACAUAAGUAACAGGAUUCACGAGAUGAUUUCAACGAGCUCGUUAUAUUUCUCAUAGGAAAGGAAGAUUGGGAAUCGAAGAAAUAAAGUUUGGUAUGUGUCGAUUAAAUUGUUUCUAGGGUUAAAGUGAGAGGAUGCAGAACUAUAUCGAUAUCUUCGAGCUUCCUCUGUUAAUUACUUAAUUAUACUAUAUGUUUAGUACAUUUACCUUGGGUUUAAUAUUUCCAAAAAUUCAUAUUGUAUAAUAAGUAGUAGGAGUACCAUUUUGUUUCCUUUAUAUAUAGUUCUUGUAAUAUUUAUAAUUACAAAUUAAGUGAUAAUUUGGCCCGGA